AUGGAUAAUUUGGCACCUCCAGAAGCAGUCAACCAAGAUCCCAAUGGCAGCUCUCAACAUGACCAACAUACAUCACCUUUGCAGUAUCCCCUUCCACAACGACAGCAAAUCCGAUAUCAUCAACAACAACACGAGUAUGUUGAUCAAGAUCCAUCAUCAUCUACCCUAUUCAUGCAAGCAUGGCUACGUCCAGCUUAUGAUGAUGGACAUCAAGAACAUGCAUUCUAUGAUCCAAACAUGCAUGCUUCAAGCUUGCUUGCCAACGAUGAUGGCCACCUUGCAUUGUCAACGAAUGACAAUCAUCAACAUCUUGGUAACAACAAUUUAGCUCCUGGUUCUCCUAGCUCCAUCAGUACUUGUUUAUCAGAGCUGUCAAACACUGCUGCUUUUCAUGGAGCACACAUUUCAUCUCCAGCCACAACCACCAACAUUGACAAUACAACGGAGGAGCCUACUACAAGCCAUACAUCCACUACAACCACCAUCGAAACGUCCUCGGCUCCUGUUUCUCAAAUCGAAGAUUGGAAACAGCGUGCACAUCAAGCAAUAUGGGCCACCAAUUUGUAUCAACGAAAAAAACGACGAGGUCGUUCUUCCGGUAGUAGGCAAGAGGCAGAUGACAAUGAAACAACAACAUCAAGUCAUCAUGGCGAUGAUGACAACUACGAUGAGGCAUCCAGUUUACAAAGUAGUAGUUCCUCACAGCCAACAGCCGCAAAGAAAAGACGCGUUGCUAAAGGAUACAGUAUCACGUGCGAACAAUGCAACAUCCAUUUCACGCGAGAUCGUGAUCUUAGACGCCACAACUUGUCCAAACACGUGAGAAAGCGAUACGUCUGUGACCACUGUUCCAAUUCAUUCACCCGAAACGAUAGCAAAAGCCAUCCACCAUUACCACCAUCACCCAUUGUAAGAUAA